AUGCUACGUCAUCAGUACACGGCACAAGAAUAUGCAAACAUGCAUUUUAUUUAUGGAAAAUGCAGAGGCAACGCAAAUGCAGCCGCAGCUCUUUAUAGGGAGAGGUACCCUAAUGCGCGCCACCCAGACUACCGCGUAUUUAUAAGAGUCCACGGUUGUUACUCUGAAGGAAGAAUGCCGGGUAGUGGUGUCGGUGGUGUUAGCGCUGGAAAAAUCACUCGUCCUGAUGUAGAAGAUUUGGUGUUUGAGGAGAUUGAAAACGAUCUUUCAACCUCUACGCGAGCAAUAGCUCGACGCACAGGUAUUGGAAAAUCGACUGUACACGAUAUUUUAAAGAAAAAUGAAUUCCACCCUUACCACGUCACACGCGUGCAAACUCUCCAACUCUCUCAAGAGUGCGUUUUUGUUUUUUAUAAAAAUCGCUCCACAAAUUUUUUAAUAAAAAUUUGUGGAGCGAUGAUUCAACGCUUAAAAGUGACGGUUACUUAA